UAACGGAACCGGGAGCUGUCCGAGUGCUGAAAUGAGAAAGGGCGUUCCACUUCCAUUCCUCAAUAGAGGAAGGCACUUCAUCUGCAAAAGAUUUCUCUUCAUAAGUAACAACUCAGGCCGACGGGUUGGUCUUCAAAGAGCGAGCUUCUAGAUCUGAGCCAGCGCCAAAGCAGAAAGCUUCCAUCCGAUGCGUUUUGGAGUGAGUCUUCUCGACGACGUCUGACCACACGGGCUGAUGUUUCUUCACACCUUCGCUUCGAGAAAUUUGUUUUUGGGAGUCAGAGUUUUCAUGAAAACUAAACUAUGAUCUGUGGCUGCGUUGAGGAAUGUCUGUAUUUUUGUUUAACACAACAAUACCAAAACGCCCACGACUUGGUCAGGAAGAAAGCGGCAUCCCUGUUUGGAUUAUGUGUUUGACCAAUGUAAACAUAUGGAAGAAAUAGAAAAGUGAGCACAUGGGGAAACCACCAGGAAUGAGUUACUCCUUUAUUAAGGUUCUGGUAGCUUUAUGUACAUAUUUCACGGAGACAAGCAACUUUAGAGUUGUGGACGCCAAGGAGCACGAUUCCAGAUCAUCCUCCUCCAACAUGUCCCCAUCAGAUUUUCUGGACUCACUCAUGGGUCGCACGUCCGGGUAUGAUGCACGAAUAAGACCAAAUUUUAAAGGUCCCCCUGUAAACGUUACAUGCAAUAUUUUUAUCAACAGUUUCGGCUCUGUCACAGAGACAACGAUGGAUUACAGAGUGAACAUCUUUCUGCGGCAGAAGUGGAAUGACCCUCGGCUGGCAUAUAGUAAAUACCCAGAUUCUUCUCUCGACCUGGACCCGUCCAUGUUGGACUCCAUAUGGAAACCUGACCUCUUUUUUGCCAAUGAGAAAGGAGCCAAUUUCCAUGAUGUCACCACAGACAACAAGCUGCUGAGGAUCUUCAAGGAUGGAACUGUCCUCUACAGUAUCAGACUGACUCUCAUUCUGUCCUGCCCGAUGGAUCUGAAGAACUUUCCGAUGGAUGUCCAGACUUGCACGAUGCAACUGGAAAGUUUUGGUUACACCAUGAAUGACCUGAUCUUUGAGUGGAUGGAGACUGCUGCGGUGCAGGUGUCGGAGGGGCUUACCCUGCCUCAGUUCAUCAUGAGGGAAGAGAAGGAGCUGGGCUACUGUACCAAACACUACAACACUGGUAAAUUCACCUGUAUUGAAGUUAAAUUCCAUCUGGAGCGCCAGAUGGGCUACUACCUGAUCCAGAUGUACAUUCCUUCUCUCCUGAUUGUCAUCCUGUCAUGGGUGUCCUUUUGGAUCAAUAUGGAUGCCGCUCCUGCCCGAGUGGCACUGGGCAUCACCACUGUGCUUACCAUGACCACCCAAAGCUCUGGCUCCAGAGCUUCUCUUCCAAAGGUCUCUUAUGUGAAAGCCAUUGAUAUCUGGAUGGCUGUGUGUCUGCUCUUCGUAUUUGCUGCAUUGCUAGAAUAUGCUGGGGUUAAUUUUGUCUCCAGGCAACAGAAAGAGUUCCUUCGCCUGAGGCGAAGACAACGGAGGAGUCACAAGGAUGAUGAUAUGCGCGAAGGUCGCUUUAAUUUUGUUGGCUACAAUAUGAGUCAGUGUCUGCCAACGAAGGAUAGCUCAGCUAUUAAAAACGCUGUUCCAGCGCCGAACCCUCAACCAUCAGUCCCAAAAGACAUAGACACAAUGAAAAAGAAGUUUGUGGACAGAGCCAAGAGGAUAGACACGAUCUCAAGGGCUGCCUUUCCUCUGGCCUUCCUCAUCUUCAACAUCUUUUACUGGGUUACCUACAAGAUCAUCAGGCAUGAGGACAUCCACAGUAAAUAAAGACUGUACCCUUGACAAUGGACAUUUAAUUUUUCACUUCUCAGACUAAGAAAUGACUGUGCAUUGAGAGGCACCAUGGGGAUGAUGGUGAAGUUUUUUUCAGGGAUAAUGUAUGUAUCUGUUCAUAGAUCAUGCAUCACACAGUAAUAUUCAUGUUCUGAUAAUGUGAAGAGCCGCUGAGACACAGAUGCUGGUUUGUUUUUGUACUGCUGCAUAAUAUUUCCUGACAAAUUUGGAAAAAUGGUUUUAACCCAAGGCUUAGUAACACACUGGAGAAGAUGAAGGCAUUUGUUUGAAUCAGCUCUGCCUGGCAUCUGUGCAACCAAGUAACAAAGAAACAUUCCAUAGAUUUGUAACUGCAAAGUAGCUUAGUCUUAUGUCAAAGACUUUUCGUGACUGCAAAAAGAGGGAUUUCUUAUCAAGGAUGUUUGGACUGUUUUAUAGUUUACUACUGUCCUGGCAUUUCCUCGUGUUUAUAAGAAAAUACAACAGAAAGCAUCUAACAUUUUCAGGCCAAGAGCAGAUUCGUCUUUCAAACAUUAGGCAACAGCACAUGUCUCCGUCUGGAAUUGGUUACUGCGUUUUUAUGAAAUACCUGAGGCCUUAGAUAUCAAAGAAUUUGUGGGAUAAAGUGCUACACUUCCCUCUUUGUUCAAGAAUCUUCUCAUGUUUAGUGGUCUCUCAUAGCCAAAUGCACUGUCUGAGCUGUCCAUCUGUGGCCAGACAUCCAAAGGCACUUGUCCUUCUUGCUUUCUUUAACUCUUGGUGUAUUAUAAACCACAUUCGUGGACAACUGAUGUCACCUGAAACCAAUGUAAAUUAUUUUAUUUGUUCUAGAAGUCAUUAAUUCUCCCUUUGAUUCCAAACUAAUUUGAUUAUAUAUAUAU